AUGUCUGAUUUCACAGGUGAACCAACUGGUACUGGUACUGGUGGUGACUCAUUAACCACUGAUAUGAAUAAACAAUUUGAUUUAGCUAACAUGGCUUGGAUUGGUGUUGCUGGUGUUUUGGUUUGGAUUAUGAUUCCAGGUAUUGGGCUUUUAUAUUCUGGUUUAUCAAGAAAAAAGCAUGCUCUUUCUCUAUUAUGGGCCUCAAUGAUGGCUGUCUCUUUAGUCUCCUUCCAAUGGUUCUUUUGGGGUUACUCUUUAGUCUUUUCACAUAAUGUUUAUGGUCAAUUCUUGGGUUCAUUACAAUUCAUCGGUUUGAGAAACGUUUUAGGUGCUCCAUCUGUUGUUUCAAGUGUUCCUGAUAUCUUAUUUUGCUUCUUCCAAGGUAUGUUUGCCUGUGUCACCGGUUGUUUGAUGAUUGGUGGUGCUUGUGAAAGAGCUAGAUUAGGUCCAAUGAUGGUGUUUUUGUUCAUUUGGAUUACUGUUGUCUAUUGUCCAAUUGCCUGCUGGACUUGGAACCCUGAAGGUUGGUUAGCCAAGUUGGGUGCUCUUGAUUACGCUGGUGGUGGUCCAGUCCAUAUCAGUUCAGGUCAUGGUGCUUUAAUCUAUGCUUUGAUUUUAGGUAAGAGAAAUGAUCCUGUUGCUGGCAAAGGUUUACCAAAGUAUAAACCACAUUCAGUCACAUCAGUCGUUUUAGGUACUGUCUUCCUAUGGUUUGGUUGGUUUGGAUUCAACGCUGGUUCUGCUGGUAACGCUACUAUUAGAGCAUGGUAUUCAGCUGUCUCUACCAAUUUAUGUGCGGCUGUUGCAGCUUUAACUUGGAUGUUUGUUGAUUAUUUUAGAUCUGGAGGUAAAUGGACCACAGUCGGUUUGUGUUCAGGUGCAAUCGCAGGUCUUGUGGGAAUAACUCCUGCAGCUGGUUUCGUGCCAGUCUGGGCUGCUAUUCCUAUUGGUGUUUGUGUUGGUGUUGGUUGUAAUUUUGCUGUUGAUUUGAAGAACUUAUUGCGUAUCGAUGAUGGUUUAGAUGUUUAUGCACUCCACGGUGUGGGAGGUGCUAUCGGUAGUGUCCUUACUGGUAUUUUCGCAGCUGAUUACGUUACUGCUACUGAUGGUGCUACUGUUAUUGAUGGUGGUUGGAUCAAUCAUAAUUACAAACAAGUUGGUUAUCAGUUGGCUGCGAUCUGUGCUACUAUUGCUUACACAUGUACUUGUACUUCCAUUAUCUUGCUUGUUCAAGACAGAAUCCCAUUUUUGAGAUUAAGAUUGAGACCAGAAGAAGAAGAAUUAGGUACUGAUAACGUUCAAAUUGGUGAAUUCACUUAUCAAGAAGAAGAAAUUUACAUUCCAGAGCCAGUUAGAUCUCAUACUUCACAAAGAGAAGCUCCAAAACACAACUUGAUUGAUGAUCAAAUCAAUACAGAUGGUACCAACUCCACUGGUGAAGUUGAAAAGAAAUCUGCCGUUUAA